GAAGGCUGCCUGUGAUCAUGCACAGUACACUGGAACUCUCUCCUCCUCCUCACCUCAUUGUCUCCCCGACUUACCCUAAUGCGAAAUUGGAUUCUGAGCAUUUGUAGCAAAAUCGCUGGGAUCUGGAGAGGAAGACUCAAUCCAGAAUCCUCCCAGGGCCUUGAAAGUCCAUCUCUGACCCAAAACAAUCCAAACUUUAGCUCUGUCAUCCAGGCUGGAAUGCAGUGGCAUGAUCAGAGUUCACUGCAGCCUCGACCUCCCAGGCUCAAGUGAUCCUCCUGCUUCAACCUUCCAAGUAGCUUGGCUGGGACUACAGGUGUGCAUCACCAUGCCCAGCUAAUUUUUUAAUUUUUAGUAGAGGGAGGUAGAAGACAUCGUAGAAGGAGUGAAAGAAGAAAAGAAGACCUAGAAACAUAGCUCAAAGUGAACACUGCUUCUCUUGGGUUCCUGGAUUUCUUCUGGACAUUUCCUCAAGAUGAAACUUCAGACACUUUGGAGUUUUUUUUGAAGACCACCAUCAAGAAAGUGCAUUUCAAUUGAAAAAUUUGGAUGGGAUCAAAAAUGAAUCUCAUUGAACACUCCCAUUUACCUACCACAGAUGAAUUUUCUUUUUCUGAAAAUUUAUUUGGUGUUUUAACAGAACAAGUGGCAGGUCCUCUGGGACAGAACCUGGAAGUGGAACCAUACUCGCAAUACAGCAAUGUUCAGUUUCCCCAAGUUCAACCACAGAUUUCCUCGUCAUCCUAUUAUUCCAACCUGGGUUUCUACCCCCAGCAGCCUGAAGAGUGGUACUCUCCUGGAAUAUAUGAACUCAGGCGAAUGCCAGCUGAGACUCUUUACCAGGGAGAAACUGAGGUAGCAGAAAUGCCUGUAACAAAGAAGCCCCGCAUGGGCGCGUCAGCAGGGAGGAUCAAAGGGGAUGAGCUGUGUGUUGUUUGUGGAGACAGAGCCUCUGGAUACCACUAUAACGCACUGACCUGUGAGGGGUGCAAAGGUUUCUUCAGGAGAAGCAUUACCAAAAACGCCGUGUACAAGUGUAAAAACGGGGGCAACUGUGUGAUGGAUAUGUACAUGCGAAGAAAGUGUCAAGAGUGUCGACUAAGGAAAUGCAAAGAGAUGGGAAUGUUGGCUGAAUGUAUGUAUACAGGCUUGUUGACUGAAAUUCAGUGUAAAUCUAAGCGACUGAGAAAAAAUGUGAAGCAGCAUGCAGAUCAGACCAUGAAUGAAGACAGUGAAGGUCGUGACUUGCGACAAGUGACCUCGACAACAAAGUCAUGCAGGGAGAAAACUGAACUCACCCCAGAUCAACAGACUCUUCUACAUUAUAUUAUGGAUUCAUAUAACAAACAGAGGAUGCCUCAGGAAAUAACAAAUAAAAUUUUAAAAGAAGAAUUCAGUGCAGAAGAAAAUUUUCUCAUUUUGACGGAAAUGGCAACCAAUCAUGUACAGGUUCUUGUAGAAUUCACAAAAAAGCUACCAGGAUUUCAAACUUUGGACCAUGAAGACCAGAUUGCUUUGCUGAAAGGGUCUGCGGUUGAAGCUAUGUUCCUUCGUUCAGCUGAGAUUUUCAAUAAGAAACUUCCGUCUGGGCAUUCUGACCUAUUGGAAGAAAGAAUUCGAAACAGUGGUAUCUCUGAUGAAUAUAUAACACCUAUGUUUAGUUUUUAUAAGAGUAUUGGGGAACUGAAAAUGACUCAAGAGGAGUAUGCUCUGCUUACAGCAAUUGUUAUCCUCUCUCCAGAUAGACAAUACAUAAAGGAUAGAGAGGCAGUAGAGAAGCUUCAGGAGCCACUUCUUGAUGUGCUACAAAAGUUGUGUAAGAUUCACCAGCCUGAAAAUCCUCAACACUUUGCCUGUCUCCUGGGUCGCCUGACUGAAUUACGGACAUUCAAUCAUCACCACGCUGAGAUGCUGAUGUCAUGGAGAGUAAAUGACCACAAGUUUACCCCGCUUCUCUGUGAAAUCUGGGACGUGCAGUGAUGGGGAUCACAGGGGAGGGGUCUAGCUCCUUUUUCUCUCUCAUAUUAAUCUGAUGUAUAACUUUCCUUUAUUUCACUUGUACCCAGUUUCACUCAAGAGAUCUUGAUGAAUAUUUAUGUUGUAAUUACAUGUAUAACUUCCACAACUGUAAAUAUCGGGCUAGAUAGAACAACUUUCUCUACAUUGUGUUUUAAAAGGCUCCAGGGAAUCCUGCAUUCUAAUUGGCAAGCCCUGUUUGCCUAAUUAAAUUGAUUGUUACUUCAAUUCUAUCUGUUGAACUAGGGAAAAUCUUAUUUUGCUCCUCAUCUUCCAUAUUGCAUAUAUUUUAUUAAAGAGUUGUAUUCAAUCUUGGCAAUAAAGCAAACAUAAUGGCAACAGGCUUUUCUUUGGGAACAAAAUUUGAUAAAUAUACAAACUCAUUUCUUUAAAUGUUGAAAGACAUCCUAUUGAAUCUGAGGGGGUAAUUUACAGAAAGAUACUGUCUUUCAUUACAUCAAUGGCACUUUUGUCAUCCCUGGAAAAGUCCUGGUGAAUAGUGAUUCAUUUGUAAUAGUCCUCUGAUCAUUUCUUUUUCUUUGAAGUUCAAAGAGAAUAGCAAACAGAAAAGUUAACAAUUUUCACAUAAAAUAUUCCCUCAAGCAAUGCUUUCCCCAUAGUUAGUCUUGAGGCAGGAUUCACAAAUUCAGAGUCUGCAGCUAACUGCAGUGAGGGGCCCUUCCUUUUCCUCUCUUAAAAGUGCUCCGUUGGCUUCACUGUAUCCAAUCAUCUUUCUGUUUUGUUUUGCUUUUGAAAACAUUCCUAUACCUGGGAGCACAGCUGCUGUAUACUUCCCCCAAAGCAGGAAUUAGUUCAUUUCCUUCCUUCAUUGUUACACUGUUGCAUUCUUCUCCCUAUUAUCCUUUGGUGAAUACAAUAAAACACCUUCUAUAAGUAA